AACGGCUCAGAUUCAUUUCAAUUCAAAUUUGAUUCUAAACAAAAACCCUACGUUUCAUUCACCGUAUACAACUCUCGCUUCUCCAGCUCUCAAAUCCUCUCCUCCUUUAGGUUUCUGCAUCUCCAAAUCUCACAAUUUCCUUUGCAGAUUGUAAAAUGCUUCUGAAUUUCGAGGCCACGAACGAUCAAGCCAUGGAUAUGACGCCGGAGGAUAACAGCGCCGUUCUUCUUGAUUGUGAUUCAAAGCCUACUCUGAGUUCCGACUCAGGUCUAAUAAUUGAAGAAACUGGCAAUUCCGUGGAUGGGGAUAUUGUAUCCAACAACACAGACCAAGAAACUUCUCUGGGUCAGGAGCGAACGCUUCCAAUAUUGCAGAAAAUUAUGGAUUUGAGCAGUAAUAUUGAGUAUUUGAAAAAAGAGCAUAGAGUUCUAUCUGAUCAAGUAAAGGACAUGAACUCAGAUUCCUUUCUCAGUCCCGAAGUUUUAGGCAUCCUUAAGCACCUCAAUAAUCAGUAUGGACUUUUAAAGACUAAGUACCUAGAAGAGUACUCGGAACGGAAACGUCUCUACAACGAAGUGAUAGAACUCAAAGGGAAUAUAAGGGUUUUCUUGAGAUGCAGACCCCUAAACCAAGUUGAGGUUGCGAAUGGCUGCACUUCUGUGGUCGAAUUUGACUCGUCCCAGGAGAAUGAGAUGCAUAUUAUCUCCUCAGAUUCAUCCAAGAAGCAAUUCAAGUUUGACCAUGUUUUUGGGCCACAGAAUAGCCAAGAGGAUGUUUUCGCACAAACUAAACCUGUUGUCACUUCUGUGUUGGAUGGCUAUAAUGUCUGCAUAUUUGCAUAUGGGCAAACUGGAACCGGGAAGACCUUUACAAUGGAGGGAACACCUGAAAAUAGGGGAGUGAACUAUAGGACUUUAGAGGAGUUAUUUAGGAUUUCAAGAGAAAGAAGCAAGAUCAUGAAUUACGAGCUCUAUGUUAGCAUGUUGGAAGUUUACAAUGAGAAGAUACGGGACCUCUUAGCAGAAAACUCCAACCAACCUUCCAAGAGGCUGGAGAUAAAGCAAGCGGCAGAUGGGAUGCAAGAAGUCCCAGGACUCAUAGAAGCUCAUGUUCAUGGUACAGAAGAAGUGUGGGAGCUACUCAAGUCUGGAAGCCGAGUCAGAUCUGUUGGAUCUACCAAUGCAAAUGAACUUAGCAGCCGCUCCCACUGCUUAUUGCGUGUGACUGUAAAGGGGGAGAAUUUGAUUAAUGGGCAGAAGACAAAAAGUCACCUUUGGCUUGUAGAUUUAGCUGGUAGUGAGCGUGUUGGAAAGAUUGAAGUUGAAGGUGAAAGGCUGAAGGAAUCUCAGUUCAUUAAUAAAUCCCUCUCAGCACUUGGUGAUGUGGUAUCUGCUCUGGCAUCUAAGACAGGCCACAUUCCAUAUAGGAACUCAAAGGUCACGCAUAUGCUGCAAAGCUCUCUCGGAGGAGAUUGCAAAACUCUGAUGUUUGUUCAGAUCAGCCCUAGUACUGCAGACUUGGGAGAGACUCUCUGCUCUCUAAACUUUGCCAGCAGGGUCCGAGGAAUUGAAAGUGGUCCUGCUCGCAAACAGGCUGACCCUAUUGAGAUUUUGAAAUACAAGCAAAUGGCAGAAAAGCUGAAGCAUGAUGAGAAAGAAACAAAGAAGCUGCAAGAUAAUUUGCAGUCCUUGCAGUUAAGACUUGCUGCCAGAGAACACAUAUGCCGAAAUCUCCAAGAAAAGGUUCGUGACCUUGAGAGUCAACUAGCAGAGGAAAGGAAAAUCAGAUUAAAGCAGGAAACACGAGCAUUUGCUUCUCUUUCUAUUCAGUCAUCAUCUCUAAAACAAGCAGUAGAGAAGCCCAAAACAGAGAGAAAACCACCAUUGGGUCCUUCAAAACUGAGGCUUCCAUUGAGAAGAAUCACAAAUGUAAUGCCCGUACCAUCUCCUACCCUGCCACAGAAAUCUGUCUCUACAAAAGCUUUUAUGAUGGCAUCAACGAAGGGUAAAGAGAACAACACUUUAAGAACCAUGAAGGCAGCACCUAACCAAAAAGCAUUUUUGCAACCAAGACGCAUGUCUGUUGCUGUCAGAGCACCUCCAACAACAGCAGAGUUCCUCAAGCCUAAGAGACGUGUAUCCAUUGCUACCCUCCGGCCAGAGCCGAGUUUACAGAUGACAACACCACUCCACACCUCCUCUUCCCAUUUCAAAAAUGGCAGUGCAAUUCCAAGGCCAUCAUUUGUGCGGGGCCAGAGGAAGGCACGGUAUUCAAGUUUGUUCUCACCUUUGCCAGAGCUGAAGAACACAUCAGAGACAACACCAACUGUAAUGAGGAGCAGCAGUAAAUUCAUGGGGAGUCCUCCAAUACAGCCAGGUUCUUGGAAGCCAAAGCAUCCAACAGUGGUUGCAUUGCAGAGGAAAACAUUGGUGUGGAGUCCACUCAAGUUCAAAGCGAUGACAAAUUACAGGAGGCCAUCACUAAUUCCAUCUCAGCCGUCAACUGACAUGCAAUAAAAAAUAACAUGUUUGCAAGUUUGCAGCAGAAUCUAAAUGUUCAAAUACUUGAACACAACAGUAAAAUUCUUUGGUUUUUCUCUUUUUACUUAUUGUUAUCCUUGUAAUUGUAAUUGGAAUAUAUACAAAUGCAAAUG